AGACGACCAUAUUGGAGCUUCUUUUUUUUACACGAGAGACGUGCAAGAAACUCCAUGUAUGAUCAACUACCAUUGGACUUUCUGGGUGUCGCUUCAUUCACAAUUAAACAAAGAAAUAGAUGGAUCUCUCUGAAGCUAGGCCUGUCUGUGUCGCGUCUUCUCCAGCAUUCAAGCAUUAUGUCAUGGAUGUCUUUGUGAGAGGUGAGCCUGGGCAGACACUUGAACUGUCCAUCGUCACAAUGGAGUCUUGCCAGGUUCUCCAUUACUUCGGGAUCCGUCAGUUGCUCAUAAGGCUGCCGUCUGCAGAGUGUGAGGAUCUCCCACAGUGUGACGGCGAAGGACCAGACGUCACUUUUCGUUGUGUACCUGAAGCAAACAGUAUCUUGGUUCAUUAAUUUGAAAAUGACUUGGCCAUGCCAGUCUGAAGCCGAGGAUUGUAAGCCUAAAGAGAUCAGACAUAAGAAGUAAUGGAGGGGUAUCACUUAUAACAAUCAAGAUUCUGUUAUGU